AAUCGAUGCUUAAAUGUUUGUUUAUUUCAAGUAGAAAUAUGUCUCAAAGAUCUAUCACUUCGUAUUUUAAAACAAAUCAAAUUAUUAAACGAAAGUUAUCCGAAACUAAUGAUAAUACCGAUGAUGGAGCCAAUCAUAUGACGAAACAGCAAAAGAUAGCCAAAGAAGCUGAUGGCAAACAGUCGAUAUUAAGUCUAACAAAAUGUGAUAUAAGGGAUAUUAUUAUCAAACAGUCAGUGGUUACCCCCGCACUGUCCACUAAUAUCGGUCACACUUGGUUUAGAGCACUUAAACCUGAAUUCUCGAAAGACUAUUUUAUUAAAUUAAGUCAGUUUUUAGAAUUGGAACGAAAGAGAGAAACGAUUUAUCCAUCUAUUGAUGAGGUUUUCUCGUGGACAACAAUGACUGAUAUAUCUCAAACUAAAGUUGUGAUAUUAGGACAGGACCCAUAUCACGGACCAAAUCAAGCUCAUGGUUUAGCAUUUAGUGUGAGAAAAGGUGUUCCCCCACCUCCCAGUUUGAAAAAUAUGUUUAAAGAAAUUGAAAAUGAUAUACAAGUCUUCAAUAAACCCAAACACGGAGACCUGACUGGUUGGGCCAAACAGGGUGUAUUACUUCUCAAUGCGUGUCUUACUGUAAGAGCUCACAAAGCAAACUCUCACUCAGAAAAAGGUUGGGAAAAAUUGACUGACGCUGUCAUCAAAUGGUUAGAUGAAAAUCAAUCAUCACUUGUCUUCAUUUUAUGGGGUUCUUAUGCACACAAAAAGGGAAACUUUAUUAAUAAGAAAAAACAUUUAGUUCUUCAGACGGUUCAUCCGAGUCCUCUGUCAGCUCACAGAGGAUUCUUCGGUUGCAAACAUUUCUCACAAACCAAUGAUUACUUGAAAAACAAUUCAAAAAAACCAAUCGAUUGGAAUUAUUUGCCAUAAAAUAAUUGUUUCAUUUAAAAAUAUUUAAAAAAAACUUUUGAAUUUAAAACAUUGUUUUAUAAUGAAGGGAUGG